AUGGUGACUCAGAGCGAUCCUGGCACUGAAAACUACGGAAUCGCCAAUGCACAUACCAUGCUGUGUCAAAUGUAUGAUCCGGCACUGCAAGGUACAUUACAACACCGUUGGAUGCAGACGAAGAAGAAUGUGAAACCGGAGAUCACCUGGUCUCAGUUACGGCAUCGGUUUACCCCUGGUUUCGAAACACUUCUGGAUGAAGGAGUGGAGAACAGCUGGUAUGAUAGUGACAACACCCUUCAGGUUUGCGCAUUUAGCAUGAUCUUCCGUUGGGUCUUCAUUCCAUGGUUGCAGUGCGAGCUAGAUAGGUAUCAGGACCGUGUUAACAACACCCUCAAGAGGCCAGAUCGUAACAAGGUGCUUCCGCAUGGCGUACCUAAUCUAAUAUACGAGUCUGCAGAAGAUUUUGGGGCUUUAGACUUCAAGGUAGCAGUGAAACAAGAUGCUAUAGACCAUGUCCGCAAUAUCUAUGUGAACCCCGAUCAUCCUGUCUUUGAUUUGGUUCCCAAACUGCUCAAUGAUCUUAUUCAAGACUGUUAUGAUGAUUUAGGCUGUCCUCCAGUCACUUGCCAGUCCGUGUGGACAAUUUACUUAGAUUUGUAUCAUUCUAUUCAGCACUCUGCACAGAUACCAGCCAUUGUCGAUUCUCUUACAGAUGUCACCGACUCGGAUGAAGAACAUUUUCCUCUCCUCGAAAACCAAAAGGACCUGUUUUUUCAUGGGGAUACUGAUAGGGCUUACUACAUGGGUGGUAUUCACGGCAGACAUGGUCUCGAUGCAUCUGAUCAUCGCCAGCUGGAUGAACUGGCUGAGCUGGAUGAACCAGGUGCUGACUUACUCCCUACAGCUCCGAUCAUAGAAGAGGAGGGCUUGGUUAUUACAGGAUUCUCUGAUGAGGAGGACAAUGAUGAAACAUAUGUUUGGUAG